AUCUGAUUCGCUGACGCACCUGCCAAUCACGGUGUCCUUGCCGCCCACUUCCGCCCAGCUUUAGAGGGACUCCAGUCUUCGAUUGUUUAUGUUUCCAGCGCUUUAAUUUGACCUUAUUUUGCGGGUAGUGUGUCUGGCUGCCUGUGAUGCUUGGAGAGAGGCUGGGCUGCAGGGACAGGCCGAUGCUGGAAACAUGACUUCUGAGUAACGCAUAGUUACUUUCUCUGCUCAGUAUGAACAGCGAGGAGGAGUUUUACGACGCUGAGACAGGGCUGGAGUCAGAUGAUUCAUGUGAGGUCAGUUUUAAAGAUGCCCUGGUGUUUGACAGCAAGCAGGUGUCUCACGACAGCGCCACGCAGGAGAAUGGAGUGUGGGAGCGCAGGAAAACCCUGCCCGCUGAGAUGAUCUCCAGAAACAAUUUCAGUGUGUGGAGUAUACUGAAGAAAUGCAUCGGCAUGGAGCUGUCCAAAAUAGCGAUGCCGGUGGUGUUUAAUGAGCCACUGAGCUUUCUCCAGAGAAUGUCGGAGUACAUGGAACACACUCACCUCAUCCACCAAGCCUGCAGUUUAUCUGAUUCCAUGGACCGCAUGCAGGUUGUCGCUGCCUUUGCUGUCUCUGCUGUAGCAUCUCAAUGGGAACGGACUGGAAAGCCAUUUAAUCCAUUGCUCGGGGAGACGUAUGAACUCACAAGAGAGGAAGAGGGAUACAGAUUGAUCUCUGAGCAGGUGAGCCACCACCCUCCCAUCAGUGCCUUCCACGCCCAGUCUCUGAAGCAAGAGUUCGAGUUUCAUGGCUCCAUUUACCCAAAACUUAAGUUCUGGGGUAAAAGUGUGGAGGCUGAGCCUAAAGGCACCAUGACACUGGAGCUACUAAAACAUAAAGAAGCAUACACGUGGACAAAUCCGAUGUGCUGUGUGCAUAACAUCAUCUUGGGAAAACUUUGGAUUGAACAAUAUGGAACUGUGGAGAUUGUCAACCACAGCACGGGAGAUAAGUGUGUGCUGAACUUCAAACCAUGUGGGAUGUUUGGAAAAGAGCUGCACAAAGUAGAAGGUCACAUUCAAGACAAAAGUAAGAAGAAGCGGCGAGUGAUUUAUGGAAAGUGGACAGAGUGCAUGUACAGUGUGGACCCCAAGGUUUACGACACGUACAAGAAGUCAGACAAGAAGAGCGGGAGCGACUCCAAAAGGCUGAAACAGGAACACGGGUUUGAAGGUGAGGAGGCAGAUGAGAUGCCAGAGGUUGAAGAGACUGUGACUGUGAUACCAGGAAGUGCCUUACUGUGGAGGAUAACACCGCGGCCCCCUCACUCAGCACAGAUGUACAACUUCACCAGCUUUGCCAUGACACUAAACGAGCUGGAGCCUGGCAUGGAGAGACUACUGGCACCGACGGACUGCCGGCUGAGGCCCGACAUCAGAGCCAUGGAAAAUGGAGACAUAGAUUCAGCAAGUACAGAGAAAGAGAGAUUAGAAGAGAAGCAGAGAGCUGCACGCAGAGAACGCUCCAAGGACGAGGAGGAAUGGUCAACCAGGUGGUUCCAGCUGGGAACCAACCCUCACACAGGAGCAGAGGAUUGGCUGUACACAGGUGGAUACUUUGACAGGAAUUACACUGACUGUCCUAACAUUUAUUGACACAGGAGCUGCUCAGUGUGACAACCUUCUGUCUGAUAGCAUUCACUUUAUUUCUCUGCAUCUAAGAUUUGUGACAUUGUGACAGCCAGACGCUCGCUGGUACCGUGUGUUUGUUAGAAUCAAUGAAAGCUGAUGUCAGACAGUUCAACAGAUGAUCUGCAACUGACUGUGAACAUUGUCUGCAGGAGGUGUGCAUUAUUAAGGAGAAUUUUAGAGUUUACUUACUGUAAAUGUUGACGUCAAACAUCUUUAUAUGCCCUAAACAUGUAUGUCACUCACCUUUCAAAGAUUUUAAACCAACCACUGGUGUGAUCUCUGGAGUGGUGAACCAGCUGCUGCAGGACACAGACCAUAUAUAUUUUCAGUUCUAGUUCAGACACUCAACCAUAAUCUUACCUGUAGACGUACCACACACACUUCUGUCAAGUUGCAUUCAAAUAUCAGGGGUUAUUUAAACACAUCUGCUACUUUUAUAUACCCUAGUUGGAAAUUAGAUGUCUAUUUUAGUUAGCACUAAAACAUCACAAGUGUUUCUGUGAAUAAAGACUUACAGUAGUAAUGAAAGCUGCUUAUAACCAUGUUUACUUCCACAGUAAACAGAUUUUGUUGGUACAUUAUAAUGUUGUCCACUGUAACAUAGAUAAUGUGUAUAAUAACUGGUGCAUGCAUGGUCACCGAGAGGAUAAUUUACACAAGUUAAAGCCAUAAAAACCCUUUCUGCACUGAGUGUAAAUGCAUUUACGUAUAACUUUAAAGCAAAGGGAAAUAGACAACAUUGGUUGCAGCUGGAGUUUCAAAGUCCGACACUGUGGCCGUCUCCCCAGCCUCUUUUCACACCACGCACUGUGAAAUUGUUGACUGUUUUGUCAACACACAAUACAUAUCUGUGUACAAACACACAGAGAGUGACAGGGCUUUAGGAGCGUAAGAGUCAGUGUGAUGGGAGCCUUUGUAGCCUUUGUAGAGUCAAAAAAUACCGAACAUAAGAGGAAGCUUUCAUAAUAAUCAAACAUCUGUCUUUAUUCCUGGUAGUACUUCAACAUAAGAGUCCCUGUUUUUUAAACAUUUAAAUGUGGAAGUUGGAAUGAGUGGGUGCGUUCCAAUACCCUUAUCAUCAUACCACAUCGCGUGCCUGACAAAGAUUUGCUAUGUCUUCAUACAUGUCAAAUGCAGCAUGCCAAAAACACCACACUGUCCUAGUAUAGCUGGUUGCCUUUUCAGCAUGCGGUCCACCAUGCUUUUCUGGCAGCGUAAGAUGUUUAAUGAUGUCUUGUAGGAGUAUGAACCAGCUGAAGCCGCUUAGAGAACGCUGACAGAUGAAGCUCAUUUCACACUAGAGACUGCUGCGGAUAUAUGAGCAAGAUGGUCAAAGUUUAUGAGACAAUGUUAUGAUAAAGUACUACUUCCAGCGCUUUGUAUACUGUAUGUAACAGUACGUACAGUUAAAAAGCAGCUGCAGUUUAUACUGAAAGUAAAAAGAAUAUGAGUUUGAAUAUAGAGUCUGAGUUUCCAUUUGAAAAUUUCCACUUGUAGUCGGGUUUCCAACGCAGAAAGAACCGUACCAACCUUGACCUGAGAAUCUAAGAUGGCUGCCCACUUCAACAACCGUAGCAAAAGCUGGAGUAAUUUACCAUUAAUUAGCACUUCUGUGUUCUUUGUGUGUCAUUAAUCAGUCGUACACACAGUACUGUCCAACUUCCCUCUGUGGACAGGCUGCUGCUGUGUUUGUAUUUGCUGUAUACCUAGAAAUGCAUUGCUAACAAUGGCUAAAAGUUCUUCUGUUGGUUUUCUGACUUGUACUUUUAACACCCUCAUAGAACCAUAGUGUGGCUCUUUUCCCUGCUCUGACUUUUGAGGUAAAUAAAAAGCAGCAGUUGUGCCAUUGAUGCCGUUAGAUUGGUUAGCUUUGAUCUUCAACUUUAGCAAACGUUUCAGUAAAUUAGUGCCAUUAAAAGUCUGCUGAAUUAGCUGUUAGCGCUUAUUUCUUGCUGCUGGCACUGAAUAAUUUGAUACUAAUAACAACAUGAAACAUGCUGAUUCUCGGGCAAGUUGUGCCGUUAUAGAGUGCUGCUGUUGUAGGAUUUCUAGGGAGAUUCUUGGUUGUUUAAUGUAAGCCACACUGAAACUGAAAAUGUAUAUCUGUGCAUUCACAUUUAACUGAGAGAAGGGUUAUGUAAAGUGGCAUAACAUGCUGCUUACACCCCUUGUUCCUCCAGGGAGGCGCGUCCCACAGUAUGAAAGCCUCUGCUUCAAGGAGAAAGCUGUGUCAUAUUGACUCCUGACAGAUGUUGGUCUUCUCACAGUAACUCAAGUAAUUUGACAGCUUCCAGUUUGAGUCUUUUUUUUCCAUUAGUAAGAACUGUGUGUGUGCACAGUUAGAGCUGAUCCGACAGGAACGCUGUAGGCAUCAUAAACCUAUGCAAACUGAUCCAUCCAGUCUGCCCUCCUGAAAUGUGAAAAACACUCAGUUCCUCUUUAGCUCGUAGCCCGUUGGUGCUUGAGACGCCACAGAGGCAGCAGUUAAUGAAUGUUGCAUGCUGAUAAUGUAACACUACGGUGGCGGUCGUUGGACAGUAUAGUUUAUUUUUGUUUCUGAGCACUAACGUUGCAUAAAGCUGCACAUUUGAACGCUCACAGUCCUAUGCACAUAUAUGUACAGUGAACUAGUCCUCAUGUCUUCCUCAAUUAUCUUUACUCUGAAAUCAAAGCACUUUGUGACGCCUGCAGCCGCUCAGAGGUGCAGGUUCAUUCUGAUGGUUCUUCUGAUCCCUUUACCCCUUUGUCAUUUGAAAAUGUUUACAUUGUAUGUUUGUUGAUCUCUUUGUUGUUUCCUCUUCAUACUGUUAUCCAUACACAACCAUAUGCAUACAAGGCAUAUUUAAGAAAUAAAUUAUGGAUUACAAAACUCUG